UGAGAAAAAAAAAAUCUACCAGCGGACGGUUUCAAGUUCCCCCAAUAGAAACUGUGCCUGAUUUGUGGCCAAUGUUGGAGAUGUAAAAAAGGAGGAAAAACACUAAGGGGUAGCUAUGGAGAUAGAAGGUUAUCCUUGCUGCUUUCUUUGACAGGUGUUGAGUGGGGUAAAAGUGUUAAAACAGAAUCUCCAGCAUGUACGCCAAAGGAAAAGGAGCUGUCGUACCAUCCGAUAGCCAAGCGAGAGAAAAGUUAGCUUUAUACGUGUACGAGUACCUUCUGCAUGUGGGGGCCCAGAAGUCUGCCCAGACGUUCCUGUCCGAGAUUCGAUGGGAGAAGAACAUCACACUGGGGGAGCCUCCAGGAUUUCUUCACUCGUGGUGGUGUGUAUUCUGGGAUCUGUACUGCGCUGCUCCGGACCGGCGAGAGACAUGUGAACACUCCAGCGAGGCCAAGGCCUUCCAUGACUAUAGUGCGGCUGCUGCCCCCAGCCCGGUGAUGGGCAACAUGCCCCCCAAUGAUGGCAUGCCAGGUGGUCCGAUGCCCCCCGGCUUUUUCCAGGGUCCCCCCGGGUCCCAGCCGUCUCCGCACGCUCAGCCCCCGCCACACAACCCCAGCAACCCCAUGAUGGGCUCCCACGGACAGCCUUUCAUGUCUCCGAGGUACCCUGGGGGGCCCCGCCCCUCCCUCCGCAUGCCAAACCAGCCCCCUGUUGGAGUCCCAGGGUCUCAGCCUCUUCUUCCCAACAGCUUGGACCCAACCAGGCCCCAAGGGCAUCCAAACAUGGGAGGUCCAAUGCGCAUGAACCCCCCACGUGGGAUGGGAGGCAUGGGCCCCCAGAACUACGGUGGGAUGCGCCCCCCUCCCAACUCGCUGGGUGGGCCGGGCAUGCCAGGGAUGAACAUGGGUCCUGGAGGACGAGGUCCUUGGCCCAACCCUAAUGCAAAUUCGAUAGCGUACUCCUCCUCUUCUCCAGGAAAUUAUGUGGGCCCCCCGGGGGGUGGAGGCCCACCAGGAACUCCCAUCAUGCCGAGCCCCGGAGACUCUACGAACUCCAGUGAGAACAUCUAUACCAUGAUGAAUCCCAUCGGCCCAGGGGGCAACAGGCCCAAUUUCCCAAUGGGGCCCGGUCCUGAUGGCCCGAUGGGAGGAAUGGGCAGCAUGGAGCCGCACCACAUGAACGGGUCACUGGGAUCAGGUGACAUGGAUGGGUUGCCAAAGAACUCUCCCAACAACAUGGCGGGCAUGAACAACCCCCCCGGCACACCGCGUGACGACGGGGAGAUGACCGGCAACUUCCUCAACCCAUUCCAAAGUGAAAGUUAUUCACCCAACAUGACGAUGAGUGUGUGAUUUUUCAUUAUUACCCUUUAUUUUUAUUCUUUAUUUUUACUUUUUACACCUCACCCACCACUCCUGUCCUUGGUCCCGUCCCUUACACUCCCACCCAAUGGACUCUGCGUCACCCCCAUCGACCCUCCCCCCUUUCCUCGGGGAUGCCUUGCAUAGCCCCCAGGGAUGGCCCUGGAGCACAGGACUCGCGCCAAGCCAGUCCAAACCGCUGCGUGCAAAAUGGCCUCCACCAAUGGUAGGAAGCCGACUCCGCAGCAGAGGAAAGGCUUCCUCUCUGACUCCGCUUGCCUCCCAGGCUUCUUGAGCAGCCUGGACCAGUAAGGCUUUGGAGAAAACCAGAAGGGCAGAACCGGCGCCCCCACGCCGUGCAUCGGGGGUUCUCUCCUCUGGCUUCAUCAUACUUCUGGACCUCUGAACAGAGCAGCUGGUCCAGGAGGCCCAAAUGCACCUCAUUAAAUUCAUUUGUACACACGAACUGAGAAGGAACUUGUGUUGUAUUGGGCAAGAAAAUAUUUUCUGAGUUGUACUGUGUAUGUAUUGUACGAUGAAUAUUGUUAUUUUAUUAUUGAUAUUGUAAUGAUUAGCUUUAAUUUUUUUUUUUAUUAUUAUUAUUUUAUCUUCGGGAGGGCACGAUGUAUCCCCAUAAGACGGUCAAAUAAGCACACCCUCCAGAUGCACAAUGGACUCUGUUUACUUGACCUCUGGAAAAGGUAGUCAUUCAUCUUCAUUUAUUGAUUCCCUGCAAAUGCUGCCUGGUUUCUUAGACCCCUAUUACACAGAGCCAAGUGGGACUGCUUCCUGCUGCCGUAGACACGCCCCUCGCAGCCGUAGACACGCCCCUCGCAGCCGUAGACACGCCCCUCAUUUCCAUCCAGGUCCAGACCCAGUGGUUCGGUACUGUAGACUAGGUUUUUAACGUGACCUUGAAAUUUUAUGAGACGCGUACAAAGGGAUUUUAUACAGUGUCCUAUUUUGUGAUCAGCAGUUUGGGUUUAUGUCCAGACCACUUGUCUUGUGCAGGGUUCAUGUUUAAAUAGUAUUACUCUAACAUGCCAUCUGACUGAUUAUCUACAUUGACUUGUCUGGGACAUCAGUACAUUUCAGUAGAGAUGUGCAUCUUGUCUGACUGUUUUGCGUAUGAUGUCCUGAGGCCCAGCCGUCUCCCCUUUACCCCCUAGAAAUCACUGCCUUUCGUUUGGUCUCUGUCUGGGGUCUGCAUGUGUGUUUCUUUUUGUCUCCAUUUUGCCUCCGUUCUCCAUCCUGGUUUUGCAGUAGCAGAGCUCCGACUGCAUGAGGUCCUCGGUGACAUAAGGGGUCACCCGACCUGAUGAGUUUUAUUGCCAACCAAUUUAAAAAAACCCUGCUGUGUACUUUGGUCUGUAGAGAAACUAGCCAGCGUCAGUGGGACUGAAGUGUCCCGAGUUAUUUUAGCUAAGACUUUUAUUCAUGGUUUUGUCCGGGCCGAGCACUUUGCUCCCAUUCGUAACUGGAAGAUGAUCCUUCCACUGCGUUGUGUUCCUAGGCCACUGCUUUUGCUUGGGCCGAGUAAAAGGCACCACAGCAGGUUACGGUAGCUCACUGCCAGUUUGUGCUGGCUUAUCUGCCCAGGAGCCUCAGGCAGCCUCAUUCCUGCCCAUAGGAGGCUCCACUGGGCCACUCACAGCUGUAAGUGGGGAAACUUGUUCUGACAUGGAAUCCAGGGCUUAUUUUUUUUUUUUCUUGGCACCUCUCAUGUUCAUGAAAUAUUUCAUGGGGAAGAUGCUACUUCGAUCUGCACAUAGUUGGUAGUCACGUGGUCUCCGGCCACCUCGGUCGCUGGCUCCGCCCAAUGACCUUCUGUCGUGAGUUUCGACAUGGCUGGUGCCCUUGUGCCCCGUGUCCCUCCCUCCCUUAGGAAUGACUUUCGUGACCCCUGCCUGGCCAGGUGUUAGAGUCUUGCGGAGCUCCGAGUGCCAGUCAGAUCGGUUUCGUGUGAAGAGCUGCAGUGACUGACCUUAAGCCGCCCUCUGUGCCGCCAGGCUCUGCCACAGCCGAGUACGCCUGCUCUCACCAGUGUCCUGCUCCCGGUUUUUAUUUUAUUCGUUGUGGUAUGUAAAUACUGUAAAAUGCAUUUUGAUAUUGACAUGUUUUGAUAUGUCACUACCAAUGAAUACGACUCCAAAAAAUAAUGUGCAGAUUGGGGGUGACAAAUUCCUGGGAUUUUAUUCAGAGACGAUGUGCUUUUUAUUUAGCUGCUCUACCAGAUCCACAAUUGUAAAGGCGACAACAUUCAGUGACCGAAUAUUGCAUUAAAUGGCCAUAAUAUUGGUGCCCUGAAUAUUAUUUUGUCUUAUGUGAUUUAUUUUUUUUUUUAAAACAAGUCAAGAGGUGGCUGAAAUUUUGAAUCUAAGGGAGUUGAUGAAUUUACAGUAAAGGGGGGAAAAAACAGCGAUGAGUUUGAGCUGGAAACGCCGGACCCAUCACACCAAAGCGUGAGGAGACUGUGGAGGCUUGCGGUCUGUGUCGGGGUGACGGCGGUCUGUGUCGGGAUGACGGUGGUCUCCACACAGCCGUCCGCUCUUCCUUCGACUGCUCGUGUCACUGCCCACCCGACUAUCGCAUCACGCAAACAUAGUCUGAAGCAACCAGGGACCACACAUUGCUGUCUUUUAAUAUGAAGGAUUUUUUAAAAAAUCUAUUUAAAACAAAAUGUAAAAAGGAAGAAAAAAAUCCCCUCGUUUUAGUGUAAUACUAGCGUGUGAGAAGGUAGGAGCCUGUCUCCAUGCUGUUUUCCCCAGAAAUACUCUUGUACAGAUUCGAGUCUCACUGACUGUUCCUCUACGCAUACAUAAUGACAAUGUUGGCCAUUUCUGUAUUUUUAUCGUGAUGUAUAAUACUGUAACAUUAGGAGGUGUUUCUGAAGGGAUGGGAGGGGGCACAUUUCCUGGCCCGUUGUUGACCUUUCUGAAGAGACGGCAGUAUUGGGUAUGAAGCAGUCGGUCUUCGGGGUUUGCUUUGUAUUUCAUGGUAGGGUAGAAAAGAUCCUUUUCUUAAGGACAUGAGUGUCUCGUGUAGUUAAUAAUUAAAGUUCUUUGUAUGUUUCCUUAUUGUAAAUUUUUCUUUAGACUGAAGAAGUUGCUUAUUGACGAACAUGGGAAAAAAGAAUCUGCAUCUGAUAAAUGUAUUUUUUUCCCCUUGCCAGUGUCCCUUCAAUGUAGAUACAUAUUUAAAGUCAAAUAAAAACAACAGCUUCUAUUACCAUACAA